AUGGCGUCUUCUCAAUCAUCGUCAUCAUCUAUCUCGGAGCGUGGUGACAGAUUAGUCGAGCAUAAGUCAAUGCCUCAGUUGGAAACUCUCAUCUCCCACUUACUAGCCGCCAAACGCUCCCUCUCCUCCAUCAACCAUGUCUGGCGCGCCAACGAGAUCGUCACUGCCUCCCGCUCUGCUCUCGAAGAAAGCGUCGUCGUCUCCUCCCGUACGAACUUCCUGCGCCGUGGACUGAAUACCCAGCUUAGAUUGCUGUAUAAUGUUCGUGCCGAGGUGGAAGAGAUCUCAUUCCGUGGUCGACACGAAUUCGAGCAAGCUUUGGGGAGCUUAGAUGCCGCCGACGCCAGGUUGCGAAGUACCCUCGACCUUCUGCGGGAGACGAUCGUCGAUGCAUCGUUUCGCCCCAAGGAUGAAGCAUCGAGGAGUCUGCACGACUUUGUGGACGAACGCGGGGUGGAGGAGCUGCACGGGGCGAUGAAAAACUCCAUCGACCGCACCAAUACUGCGCGCGGAGAUCUAGACACCUCUAACAGGGAAUUUGACGAUGAGCUCACCUCAAUCAAGCAAGCUCUCCGAAACUACCGCUCAGCUACCAAAAUAGCCUCUUCUCGCGCAUCAGCAUCUUCAUCUUCGUCGGCUUCUGUGUCGGACUCGGGUCUGCUUGCAUUGUCAGAGUUGCCGGGCAUGUUGCAGUCACUCGAGACACAUGCGCAGGAAAUGGCCAGCCUCCUGGAAUCCCUUGUCCGCCAUUUCGAUUUAUGUGUUACUGCAGUGAAGCACACCGAGGGCGGAGGCGCGGCGGCUCGUUCUAUUACGGGUGACAUGCCUACUGAAGUCCAAGCUAGUGGUGAGGGGAUGCCCAAUAUCGGCGAAGAGAUUAAUGCGAACCUCAAUGCGCCCUUGGAUCCCAUGUCAGAUCAGGAAUACCAGGAAAUGGUGAACGUGUUGAUGAAGGAUGCCCUUGAAGCCGAAGACGUGGUUAUGGAAAUCCAAGAUCGCAUUAGCGAAAUGGAAUCCAUAUAUGAACAAAUUAAUGUGCAGCGCGACGCCCUACUCUCGGUCUCGCAUGCCACACUCGACAUCCACCGCCAUCUAUCCAAUCUCGCGUCAACACGGCUGCCGCGGUACAUCUCUCAUGCACACAACUUCACGCAGGUCUGGAACGAAGAGAACGAACGUAUAAAUUCCGGUCUUACCGAGUUGUCCGAUCUUCACUCCCUAUACGAAGGCUUCCUAAAUGCCUACGACAGCCUCAUCCUCGAAGUGGCCCGGCGAGCCCAUGUUCGUGCUCGUGUCGAGAAAGUCCUCCACGACACCAAACGCAAAUUGACUCAGCUCUGGGACGAGGAUGUUGCAGCCCGCGAAGCUUUCCGUGUCGAGCAAGGCGACUUCCUCCCAUCCGAUAUUUGGCCUGGUAUCGGCCGAGCGCCCAUGCAGGUCGAAUUUCUUCGUGUUUCGGGAGGUCAGCUUCCAGCACUUGCUGAGGGGCAGGAUCCUGAGCAGACUGGAAUUAGCCUAAGCACUGAGCCCCAGGCGGGUGCAGCGGAAGAUAACGCCAAGGGCGAAGUUAUUCCAGAAUUACCCAAAGAUAUGAUUGAGCAGGCUUAUGAGCGAUUGAAAGCGCGCGGGGGUCAUUUCGCCUAA